AUGCCGUGUUUUCAAUCCGAUCUCCGCGAUUCGACCUUUUUCCGGAUCAUUGGGCCUCAGUACACUCCCAGAAGAGCCAUAUACGCUCUAGAGGAUCCCUCUGAGGAAGGCGCACAAGUGAAGACGAUAACUAUUACGCAAAGCGUAGGUGGUCACGACCUGACUAUUUAUGCCGCCAAGUUCAUCCCGACGCCAGAGGACAAGGUUGCUUAUAUUUGGACUGAUUCCGACGGCAACCAACAAAGCAUGCCAAUGCCCCAUUACUGCAUCACUUGCAUCCCCGAGAUCACGAGAAAUAUCAUGCAAUACAUCACACGGUCUAAAUGGUCGUACAUCGAGAUGCUCAAGAAGUCCGAUCCACUUGCGUGGAAGACACUAUCGAUGGCUUCGCAAUAUGCCAGAAACAAAGUUACUAGAUACUGCGAUAUGCGCGAGUUCGAAGGCUAUUUUCAUACUGCCAAGAUGCUGCUCUCUCGAUUCCACUUUGUCUGCAAUGGCUCCGCUCCUCUGCGAUCGAAAUGGACGUCACCAGAGACCCUUCUGCUGGCAAAGCUACAGUCUCAUGAGAUUGAGUUCAUGGGAGAGACUCAAGUGGAGAUUCUUCGGAGAGAAACCGAAUUACUCCAACUCCGGGAAAAACACAAAUAUGAGUCAGACUUGUAUUGGUGUCAGCAGAUGUUCUUUGACAACUGGGACUCUGGUUCCCCUAACAUCGAGGACGAGGUCUUUUGA